GAUGCAGAUUCUUUUUCAAAACGUUUGAAUUGAGUGCUUUUGCUUUAAUGCUUUCCCUACAUUUUGCUUAUUGUACUCAUUGUAAAAUGAAUGAAAAUCAAAGUAGUGACUGAACUUCACAAUGUGUUUUUAAUGUUCUUCACUUGUCACUGGUUUUUCCACUUUUUUUCAACUGGGAAGUAGCUUGCAAACAGGUUGAGGCCUGAAUAGACUGGAAUUAUGGUGUACAUAAUGUUUAGCCAAAAACUAUUUCAACAUCUUCAAAAGAUCACAGGAGAUAUUCAAAUCAGUGGCAUCACAAUGAAGCGGACACAGCCACAAAGUGGGGAUGAGUCGCAUCAUGAUGACAUUAGAUGACGUAAACAAAAAGUAACCCAACUGGAUCUUCGGGGCGAUUUCGGGUACAGGGAAGGGCGUCAGUAACCACGCUACUACCUACAAGUAAUAACUGCGCAUACUCACACUUGUAGCUUACUGCGCUUCAUGCGCACCGCUAACCACCCAAUACAAAACAAACUUGUGAACCUGUCCUCAUACAGUAUCACAGAAGACGACGACUGCAUUUUGAUCAGCACAACUGGGUUGUUUUUUUCAGUCUCAAGGUCUCAGAAGUUAAUUUGUAUCGAGGAAAUCAAAGUGGAUAACCAUUUAUUUUUGACUGAAGAAGCCUGGACGUUUGAUUGAACACCAGUUAUUCAGUCAAGUUCCACCAACUAAACAUGAAGAUCCUUAACAAAAACGAACUGGAGACUGCAGAAGGAGUUCUGUUCAAACAUCUACCUCAGAGUUAUAGGGUCUACGGAUACCUUUAUAAUAUAAACAGGAACAAACCAACUGCACAGGAGGUAGUUGUUGAUUCAUGGCCAAAGUUUAAAGUCAUCAUUUGCCGACCUAAUCCUAAGAUCAAAGAUGUUCUGGAGUCCAGGAAAAGGGUGGCAUGCUACAGCACUGAGGAGCAGGCUUUAAGAAAAAUGCUGAUGGACGAUAAUGUAAUAGACUGGAGUUUGGAUUUCAUGACGGCAUAUGACUUGUCCCAAGCACCCAUACUUAAAGAAGUGGCUUCUGAGAGAGAUGUUAAGUUUAGAUACAUGUCUGUGGUUCGCCUCGUGUAUUUGGCAGACAGCAGCCAUCUUCUCACACCAACAGUUGAUAAUGAUCUUGAAUCAAGGAUUUCCUCCCUUGACAUUUCCCAUGUUGACUUGGUGAAUAAAAACUGGAAGCUUGGAGGGAAUGAGCAGAGUUACAACACCGUUAAACAUUUCAUUAGCAAUUAUCCGUCGUACUGCAUCACUGACGGACAGGAUCAGCCAGUUUCCUGGAUUCUGUUGUACGAGUACUGUGCCAUGGGCCUGUUGUACACUGUGCCAGAGCACAGAGGGAAAGGGUAUGCCAAAGUUCUUGUCAGCACUAUGGCAAAAAGACUCCGUGCUGAGGGACACCCGGUCUUCUGCUUCAUCGAGGAAGACAACAUCAUUUCCUACAGGCUCUUUAAAAACCUUGGCUUCACUGAGGAUCCCUCAUACAGGGCAGGGUGGAUUCAAUUCAAUUACUAGGAAUGUGUAGCUGAUAUUUGGGUAUGUCAUGUAAAAGGUUGAUCACCACUACUGAUAUUUUAAAGACAUUGUAAUCUUGAUCAUAAGGUCUGUCACCUGGGGACUGUGGCAUGUGUGUAGUUAUAUAAUCCAUGCUUGGGAUUUUGACUUGAGUUUUAGUAUUGGGCACCUCCAUCUUCUCCUGGAUCCUCGUGUAGCACCUCACCAAGGUCCACCACAGGAAAUUCAAAUGGCACAUCCUCCUCAUCCACUUUAUGAUCCUGUAAAGCCACCCAGCUCCAGAGCAAUGGGAUUUAUACUGGACCUCUAAGGGUGUCGAUAAUAAGAUAAAAUGAAAGCAGACAAUACUUAAUAAUAAAAAAAUAAUAAUAAUUGUCAUAGUCCAACUAAAA